AUGGCGCUGGUUGAAUUGAUUUUCAGAAAAACCCUUCGCUCGUCGCUCAUCAAGCAUGUGAAUCGCCAAAAAUCUCCUGGCCGAAAGACGGUCUCGUUUUCAUCGAGGAACAACGAUAAGAAAAUAUCGAAUGUCAGCGACUGUUGGCACUAUAUGCAAACUGGCAGCGAAUUCAUUAAGCUCCGUGGACCAACCAGGCAUUUUCGACGGUUUUUCAGCCUGGAUGCCGACCUCUCACACAUUCGAUGGACUCCAACCAACAAGAAACCUCAUAAAGCUAGGAUUGCAAUUGAAGAUAUUCGUGAGAUUCGAGUCGGGAAGAACACGGAACAAUUGCGGCACAGCGACGCAAAUUUCGGCGAACUCCAAGACGAAUGCCUGUUCUCCAUUAUCUACGGCGACGACUAUGAAACUCUGGACCUCGUUGCUAGUUGUGCCGAUGAUGCGAACAUUUGGGUCACCGGACUCAUGGCACUCACCUCUACCAAAUGUGAGCAAUGA